CAGACCGGGAAGGGGAGCCCGAGGCUGCGGCGAGGAGCGGCGGCGGCUCUGCCCGCCCGGCGUCGGCCAUGACGAACUUCAUCUCAGUGCAGCUGAAAAAGGCUUCGGAGGUGGACCUGGCCAAGCCGCUGUGCAAGUUCAUUCAGCAGAGCUACCCGGGCGCCGAGGCGCAGGCCGAGCACUGCCGCGCCGCCGAGGAGCUCAGCAGGCUCCGCAAGAGCGCGCUCGGCCGCCCGCUCGACAAGCACGAGAGCGCGCUGGAGACCCUUCUCAGAUACUAUGAUCAGCUGUGUUCAGUUGAACCAAAGUUUCCAUUCUCUGAAAAUCAGGUCUGUGUAACAUUUACGUGGAAAGAUGCUUUUGAUAAAGGAUCACUUUUUGGAGGAUCUGCCAAGUUGGCUCUGGCAAGUUUGGGAUAUGAGAAGACCUGUGUUUUGUUCAACUGUGGAGCAUUGGCAAGCCAGAUUGCAGCAGAACAGAAUCUGGAUAAUGAUGAAGGACUAAAAGCUGCAGCUAAGCACUAUCAGUUUGCUAGUGGUGCUUUUCAACACAUUAAAGACACAGUUUUGUCAGCCUUGAAUCGAGAACCUACAGUGGACAUCUCUCCAGACACAGUUGGAACUCUCAGUCUUAUUAUGCUGGCUCAAGCCCAGGAAGUCUUUUUUUUGAAAGCAACAAGAGAUAAAAUGAAAGAUGGUAUCAUAGCUAAACUAGCAAAUCAAGCUGCAGAUUACUAUGGUGAUGCUUACAAACAGUGUCAAUAUAAAGAUACUUUGCCCAAGUAUUUUUAUUUCCAGGAGGUGUUUCCUGUUCUGGCUGCAAAGCACUGCAUUAUGCAGGCCAAUGCAGAAUAUCAUCAAUCUAUCCUGGCAAAACAACAGAAGAAAUUUGGUGAAGAAAUUGGGAGGUUACAGCAUGCAGCAGAUUUGGUGAAAACGGUGGCAUCUCGCUAUGAUGAAUAUAUAAACGUUAAAGAUCUGGUUGACAAAAUCAACCGUGCACUUGCAGCUGCCAAAAAAGACAACGACUUCAUUUACCAUGACCGGGUCCCUGACCUGAAAGAUUUGGAGUCCAUUGGAAAAGCCAGUCUUGUGAAGUCUACUCCAGUUGUUGUUCCACUCAGUCAGAAAUUCACUGACCUGUUUGAGAAGAUGGUUCCAUUGCAAGUGCAACAAUCUGUGAGUGUUUAUAACCAGAGGAAGGCAGAUCUGGUAAACAGGUCAAUAGCCCAGAUGAGAGAAGCCACAAAUCUGGCAAAUGGUGUGUUGGCUUCCCUUAAUCUUCCUGCUGCUAUUGAAGACGUGUCUGGUGAUACCGUUCCUCAGUCUAUUUUGAACAAGUCUAAGUCUGUGAUUGAGCAGGGGGGAAUUCAGACUGUUGAUCAGCUGAUCAAAGAUCUGCCCGAACUGCUGCAAAGGAACAAAGAAAUUCUAGACGAAUCUCUGAGAUUAUUAGAUGAAGAAGAAGCUACAGAUAAUGACCUGCGAACAAAAUUCAAAGAACGCUGGCAGAGAACACCGUCCAAUGAACUCUAUAAGCCUCUGAGAGCAGAGGGAGCCAAUUACCAUAAUAUUUUGAAUAAAGCUAUGCAAGCAGAUGGGCAGGUGAAGGAGCGCUAUCAGACUCACCGGGAUACAAUUGCACUUCUGUGUAAGCCAGAGGCAGAACUCAACGCAGCCAUACCUUCUGCCAACCCAGCAAAAACACUACAGGGAAAUGAGGUUGUUAAUGUCUUAAGAACUUUGCUGGCCAGUCUGGAUGAAGUUAAGAAGGAGAGAGAACAACUGGAAAAUGACCUGAAAUCUGUGAAUUUUGACAUGACAAGCAAAUUCCUGACUGCACUUGCGCAGGAUGGUGCUAUAAAUGAGGAGGCUAUCUCUGUGACUGAGUUGGACAGAAUUUAUGGAAGUUACACACAGAAAGUGCAGGAGUCCUUAAAAAAGCAGGAAGAAAUUCUCAAAAACAUCCAGAACGCGCAUCAGGAUUUUUCAAAGAUGAAACAAUCAAACAAUGAAUCUAAUUUAAGAGAAGAAGUCUUGAAGAACUUAGCUGUAGCAAAUGACAACUUUGUGGAACUUGUAGCCAAUUUAAAAGAAGGCACAAAGUUUUACAAUGAGCUGACAGAAAUCCUGCUGAAAUUCCAGAACAAGUGCAGUGACAUUAUCUUUGCUCGCAAGACUGAAAGAGAUGAACUGCUAAAAGAUUUGCAGCAAAGCAUUGCUAGGGAGCCCAGCGCUCCCUCCAUUCCGCUGCCUACGUAUCAGACCACGCCAGCAGCAGGAAGUAAGCCAGCAGCAUCGCCUGCUCCCACUCCAGCCCCGAGAACCAUGGUGGGGACUAAACCACAGCCACCAGCAAGGCCACCACCACCAGUGAUUUCUGCAGCAAGCAGUUCCUCUUCUGCAUUAGCGCCCUCUGGAACAGCUGCUGCUCCUGCUGCUGCUCCAGCUCCUACUCCAGGAGCCAGUGCACCUGCAGCAAGCACUGCACCUUCACAGGCACAGGGACCACCUUACCCAACUUAUCCCGGUUACCCAGGGUAUUGCCAGAUGCCAAUGCCAAUGGGCUAUAAUCCAUACAUGUAUGGUCAGUAUAAUCUGCCAUAUGCACCCUCACCUGUGUAUCAAACUCCUGGACAGCCACCAUAUCCACCACCUCAACAGCCUGGAUACCCUUUUCCUCAACAGCCUUAUUAUCAGCAAUAAUGUCUCUGCAAAGAAGCCCUGCUUGUUAAAAUUUGGGAGAAAUUGGCAAUAAGUGUACUAAAACUUCUAGCUUCCGUUAGUGUACCAUACUGAACUGUAUGCAGCUAUAACUCCUGUCUCUUGUUAACUGCUCCAAAAUGUCUAGAUCAGUUUUUAUGACACUAAACACUGAAGGAUCUACUGCAGUGGUUUAGACCAUAGACUAAUGCCUGAAUUUGAGCCUAAUUCAGCGGUCUGAAGCAGUACAGUACAUUUUGGUUAGACCAAAAUAUUUGUUUGCAAAAAUCCUCUAAGUAACAAAUAGGUUCAGAUGAGAAAAACAAAGCAGUGUGUGCACUGGGUGUGAUUUAUUCUACAGAACCAUAUAGCAUUUCCUUCUAUACUCUAUUAGUUUGUAUUUUUUUUAGUUUAGUUAAAAUAUGCUAUUUUGUCUAACAAUCAAGCCCUUGUAAAUCAUCAGUAAAAAGAAAUAAAUUACUUAAGAACGGUUUAAACACUUGGCAUUCUCAUUACCAUAAAAAUGUGUUUUGUGUGUCUGUAGAUUGUUUCAUUUGUCCCUUGACUUUCGUAACAUAAAGAAGUUCUCAAGGGUUUAGCCUUACAAGUGAAUUUCCACCUCUUUUCCAUGAUUCUGUAUUUUUGUGACAGAAUCUAUAAUUAACCCUUUAAGUGUUGGUAGAUGAAGUCUUACAGGUAGUUUUCCUAUAACUUUGAAAUGCAUUGGACUGAAAUACAUGUAUUACUAUUUUUCAAGAAUGGUUGCUGUCAUCUGCAGGAUACUAUGUAAAAGAAGGGAGGUCCGGGUCCUUUUACAGGACCAGUGAGUAGUUGUUCUAACUUGUGUUUUCCAAAGAAAUGGUGGUGGAAAUUGUGUUAUGGCUCAAAAUAGGGCAACUAUUGAUCGCUGGAGCUUUGCAGUUUGCUUUUUAAAUGUUUGCUUUUUUCCCCUUGAAAAAAUAGAUGUAUUCCCUCAGGGAGCUUGUUUUCAGUAGAAAACGGUCUUUUUUUUUGGCGGGGGGGGGGGGGAAGAAAAUCUUAUGAGUUAAAGCACACUGAAUGUUUACUUUUGGAUCCAUCAUCUCAAGGGAUAAAUAACCUUGCACUGCAUUUUACAUAAGGUAGUGAAGAAUCUUAAGUUUGGGGUUAAUGGCUUCUACCAAAUAUUUGCUAACCAAUUUUCAGCCUUUUCUCUUUCUAACAGGCUUGUCUAAUGAGGGAUUCUCCUUUCAUUUAGCCCUUGAUAAGAGUUGGUUCUGUGGGACAGUACAUUUUAUGAAUGCUUCAUAGAAGAUGUUCUGGCCUUACAGAAUAACUAUAACAGUACCUGUGUUAUAAAAAGUUACUCCUUUGUUUUUCUAUUAAAGUGCCUGAUUAAGAUAUCGAGGUGUAUUUUAAUGUAGGUGUUUAGAGGUGCCAGUUAUUGUAGCAUCUGGGUGGAAACCUCACUGGAUCAUGAAUAUUCUUCCUCAUAAAGAAAGCAGCAUUUGUAUUCAUAUGAGCUUCUUUCUUUCUGUCUCAAGUUCUUCUUGCUGUGUGAUCAUCCCAAUUACUGUGUGAAGACUCCUUGUCUUUAAUACUUGCUAACCCCUGUAGAAAAUGUAGAUCAAAAGGUAGAAAUGAACACCCCUUAUAGAACUUAUUGAGUACCUAAUUCUAAACAAAUUUGUUAAUCUGUAGAAGCUCAGUGAUUUGGGGAACAUGAUGGGGUAAGGGAAUACAGCACCAUAGAUGAAACCACUGCACAAAGACAGGUGCUUUGCAUUUCUUCAUAAACAUUGCUGAAUGGGGUGGCACAGAAACCUCUCUGUUUUUUUUUUUUUUUUACCUGAUGAGAGGACAUGAGGCAAGUGAGGACAAUGACAAAAAGCUAGGAAUAUAACUGUUUGGAAACAGCAAUCAGAACUUGAUUUUAUGCUAACAGGAAAAACAGUAGUUUUCCACUAAUUUCACUGUGUCAAUGUGCAAGUGCAAGUUUAAUGCAACCUUUUAAAGUCUAAAUUUUUAGUAUGCCAUGGGCUGUAGGUUUUUCAGUUCACAAAUCAGAUGCAUUUGAGCUAUUGUGUAAAUUUGUUUUUAGUGCCUCGAUUGAUAAAACUUAUUUUCAUGCUGUAUAAAAAAAGUAAUUUGUUCCAGCAUAAAGAUUCUUAGAACUGAAAUUUCCUUUUUAAAAUUUCAUAGAUCUGGAAUUGCUGUCAAAACAUUUUUUUCUGGUUGUGUUUCUGCUUGCUUUAGUCUAUUAUUUGAAUAUGUGUAGAAAUCUAUGCACUAUGUUCAGUUUUUCUCUUUUUUUUUUUUUUCCCUAAAGAGAACAGAAAAAUCCAGACAUGUUAUGUAUCUGCUUUUAAGCAUGCAGUUGUCAUGACUUUGGUUGAAAUGUUACCUUGUUCUUCUAUAGUUUAUUAAAAAAAAAUCAGUUAGAAAACCUGA